AUUGGUCAGGAAGAACGAGAAAGAGGCCACAGGAAACAGUGGCCGCACGUCAGGCGGCAGGAAGAAGGCCAGUUGGACAGAGCUCGGGACUGAGGGACCACACAGCCAAAGAACUCCGCUGAGCACUGAUGGCGUCAGCCAGGAACCUGGGCCUCCUGUUCUUUCUGCUACUGACUUCAGAUGAGGAGGCCACCGAAGAGCCAAGGAAUGUCUGCCGCCGGCUCCAGGAGGGCCACGAGUAUGACACUUUCGACUUGGAUGAGAUUGCUCAGUGUUUCACCAAAUGUGGGCAAUCGGAGCACAGCCCCUGUGACCUGGGGAACCUGCAGAGAUACUGGCUGAACUAUGAGUCCCACCUGCUGGAGAAUUCCAUGGAGACUGUGGACAUGCCUUUUGUUAAGGCAUUGAUCCAGAACAUCAGCACGGACGUCUCAGAAGACCUGCUGUACUCUCUGGUGCCCUCCCAGAUCCCGAAGCAGGUGAUGCAGGGUGAGGACCAGCCUGCUGAUAAAGUUCGACUUCCCAAGAGCCUGUUUGGAGCCCUGCCUGGCAACGGGUCUGCAGUCCGGUUGGCCAUAACUGUUCUAAACAUCGGUGCAGGGAAUGUCUUUAAGGGCCCCAAGCUCCUUGAGGACAAGGGCAGCAGCGUGUUGAACAACCGCAUGGUGGGCUUGAGCGUGGGCCAGAUGCACACCACCGGGCUGUCAGAACCUGUAGAGAUCACCUUCUCCCACCGGCGUCAGCCACCUAACGUGAUCCUCACCUGUGUAUUCUGGGAUAUGGCUAAAGGAGACUGGGAUUCCCACGGCUGCUCCACGGAGCCCGGGGAUGGGAGAACUGUCUGCCGUUGCGACCACUUGACCUUCUUCGCCUUGCUGCUGAGGCCGAUCUUGGACCUGGUCACAGCACAGACUCUCACUCGAAUCUCCCAGGCAGGCAGUGCUGUCUCCAUGAUCUUCCUGGCCUUCACCAUGGUGCUCUAUGUUGCCUUCAGGUUCUCUCUGCAGAGGUUCAAGUCUGAAGAUGCCCCUAAGAUCCACAUGGCUUUGAGCAUCAGCCUGUUUCUCCUGAAUCUUACUUUCCUGAUCAAUGUGGGGAGCAGCUCUCAAGGGCCCCCGGCCUCCUGCUGGGUCCGAGCCGCCAUUUUCCACUACUUCCUGCUCUGUGUCUUCACCUGGAUGGGCCUGGAGGCCUUCCACCUCUACCUGCUGGUCAUCAGGGUCUUCAAUACCUACUUUGGACACUAUUUCCUGAAGCUGAGCCUGCUGGGCUGGGGCCUGCCUGUUCUUGUAGUUAUUGGUGCUGGAAGUAGCAACAGUUAUGGUGUUUACACCAUCCAGGACCAGGAGAACCGCACGUCGCUGGAGCUGUGCUGGUUCCAGAAAGAGCCUGCCCUUUAUGCUACUGUCCACGGCUACUUCCUUGUCACCUUCCUCUUCGGUGCAGUGGUGCUGGCUUUGGUGGCCUGGAAGAUCUUCACUCUGCCCAGCGUCACAGCGGGCAAAGGACAAGGGCCGACCUGGAAGUCGGUCCUCACUGUGCUGGGCCUCUCCAGUCUGGUGGGCAUGACCUGGGGGCUGGCUGUUCUCACCCCCCUCGGCUUGUCUACCGUCUAUGUCUUCACCCUCUUAAACUCUCUGCAAGGGCUCUUCAUCUUCUUCUGGUUCAUCAUCCUCUACUUCCCGACUCAGAGCACCACAGCCUCCUCCUCCGGUACCGCCCACCUGGACCAGGCCCACUCCGUGUCCCAGAAGUAGUUGAUGGGUGGCUGCAGUUUGCUCUCACCUCUGGCUGGUUUGUGUGUCCUUGACCAGCUCCCUACUUCCUUCUGGGCUCCAUUGUCUUCUCUGCAGGGCAUCUGUACAGGGAGGGAGAGGAUGGGGACCAAGCUGGGCCCUGUGGCUUCAACAUUCCCAUUCAGGAGGCUGGAGACCUGACUUGAAGAGGACACUGGUUCAGUUCCCAGCACCCACAUGACAUCUCUCAGCUGACUGUGACUCUGGUUCCAAGAGAUCUGACACUCUCCUCUGGUCUCCAAAGGGCACCAGGCAUGAAGGUGCUAUAUAUAUAUACAUGUGCCACUCAUACAUAUAAAAUAGAAAUUAAAAAAAUAUUUUAAAAGCUCCCAUUCGGAUGUGUUCAUGGGUCCAAAAAGCCACGAAUGCAGAUCUGCAGGACUCAAAAGUCCCUAUAAGCCUUGGAGCCCCAGCCAACAGUGUUAUCUUUACCCCUGUUGCUAUGGCGACAGAUCUCUAGAGCUAAGCAGCUGUGGACCACCUCUAAUUUCACCAGGAGAGAUCCAGAACCAGAGGCAUGCUGCUCCCUCCAUCUCUAGAUGCCCAAGGGGCAAAAGGGAGAAAAGACGGACCUUCCCACAACAUCUGUACUCUUAUAGGACAGCCUUACCAACCAUUUCAACCCAGUCUGAGCAUCAGACCUGGCCGUGUCAAGCCAAUAAUUGUCACACAUUUAAAUAUAAACAAAUAAUUGUCGAUUGAGCAAA